AUGGGCCAAAGGAGAAGCAUCGAUAGAGAUGGCGGUCAGGAAAUCGCGACGAACGGAGAUGACUUGGCCGAGUUUCGAUGGAUCGCGAUCGCUUGGUUUGUCUGCGGAUCGAGAGGUGAGGUUGAGGAUUUGGGAGGCUUGUACGUAUGGGGAACCCUUCCCCAAAGCGGAGACUUUGCACUGGGUCACUGUCCGGCGGCAGCUGGGCCGGUGGUACCAGCACAAGCACCGCUAUGGGGCGCUGUACCGGACUCUUGGAGCAGGGCGACGCAGGAGGUUCUGCUGCAUGGAAAUAUCGAUAAGGCUUGCUUUGCGUUGACAGGCUCUAUGCAUGCCGCUGCAAUGAGUGCUUGCGGGUUAUCGGGGGCAUGGGCCUACGUCCUCGGCGCCUAUGUCAACGACAAAGUCCUCCACUUCGUAACGUUCUUCCUACUGACGGUCGUAUUCUACUGGGUCGUUGAUACCAAUCGUCGACGAAUCCUACACAUGACCCUGGUGGUCUGCACUCUCAUACUUGGUGUCGGAUCCGAGUUCGUACAGAGUUUCCUUCCCAACGAUCGAGAUUUCGACAUCUACGAUAUAGUAGCAAACAUCGUUGGUAGUUUACUUGGACUUGGCAUCUGUGCAUGGUAUCACAAGCGGAUGCUUGAAAGGAAACGACAGCGCAAACACUAUGAUGCUGUUCCAGGUGAGGACACUGAAGACGUAGAGCUGGGGCAAGGUCAGGAGUCUGGAAUCACGGACGCCUCGAGCCGAAGCAGGACUCUUGAAGAAGAAGUCGACAACUGGGAUGAAAACGCUGAAGAUAAUUGGGAUGAUGACAACGCAUCGAUUCCCGAUACGCCAUCGCCUGCAAUCGCCAAGGAAACUGAUGCAGCCGGUGCUCGGGAAGCUAAGAAACGAACAGAUUAA